UAUCUUGAACCCCACAUUAAUUCCAAACACUCCGACUGAUCUUUUUCCACCCCUAUUCUAAUAAGACAAUAAUUUUCUAAAUUGGAAAAACUGUAUUAGUUGAACUAGAGGAGAGACUAAUUAAGAAAGAAGGGCUAUUUUAAGAAAUUAAUAAAAUUUUAAAUAUUUGAUACAUAUUGUUAAUGGUUUUUUUACUUUUUUACUUUAUUAAAUAUUCUUCAAUAGAUAAAUUAUAUUAGUACUUGAUUAAAAAAUGUUAUUUUCUGGUGGUACGGCAGGAACAAAAGGAACUCCUCCAAAAGAAUCUAAAAAAGAACGUAAACCCGAUAAAGAAGAAAAAUAUGAAAUAAAAGAGGCAGUAUUUUUACGUUGGGCUAAUUCAAUAAUUGAUGGAGAUUUACAAGAUUUAAGGUAA